AUGAGAGAUUGGUUUUCCGAGCAGAGCAUUGAAGCGGAGGUUCUCAUUGUUCCGGUUGUGGCCGCUUCGCCUCCGCCGCGAGGAGCGGAGGUUGAUGCCAUGUAUAGGAUCCGAUACGCUAGUGGCCGGGUAGCGUGUGUUCUUUUGGAGGGAGAAAUAAGGAAGGAAAGGAAAAUAGAGGAGGAGAAAAGUAUUGCUGUUCUCCAAAAGGGAAACGAUGCCUUUUUGCAUAAAAGCGCGUUAGUGCGUGCGUAA